AUGUCAAGUCAAACGAAGCAACAGAAAAUUAUGAUCAAAAUCGACGACUUGUUGGGCCAACUUCAGAAGCAGGAGCAGGAUCUCGAAAAGGUUUACUUCGAAGAGCCUUUUAGGGAUCUGAAUCAGCGCUUGGCCCAGUUGGAGUUGCACAAAGCUCAGAUCAGCCUCUAUCAUAGACUGCGUGAAGACAUCCUUUUGGAUUUGGAAGAGAAGGUGACCAAAUAUGAUUCCUCCCUUACAGAACUGGAACGCAUUGCCGAAAUGCGCGGCCAGGUGAACGAAAUCAACCGGGAUCUGGAUAGGAUGUACGAGAUCCAGAACUGUUCCCUCUGCGAAGCAACCUGCGAUCCCCAAGGCAAUCAUUGUCUAGUUUCUCUGAGAUGUGGCCAUCUCUUCGGACAGCACUGCAUCUACUCUGCCCUCCGGCGGGCAUUCCAAUGUCCAAUGUGCCUGAGGCCAGCUCUUUACAGCGAUAUCCGCAAGAUUUACGGCUUAAAUCUUUUCCCGUUCUGA